GUACAUGGAUCGAGUGGCCGUGUUCACCGCUCGAAGACAUCCAGCCGAUAAAUAGCUAUAGUGAUGGAGAAUGAAAGCAAGGAGGGCAAGGCAGAGGCCAAGGUCAUAGACCUAGACUACGUGCUGGUGCAUGAGCUGGGCCAGUUCGGCCGCUACCAGAUGGUGAACCUGCUGCUCGUCUCCAUCCCCAUCAUCAUGUCGGCCUUCAUGAGCGAGUACAUCUUCUCCGCGGCCACAAUACCUCACAGAUGUCAGAUAACGGAAUGUCAAGAAACUGGAAAGACCGUAGCGGACUUCAACCCGGACUGGCUGUCGGGCGCCAUCCCUCCCGGCAACAACGUGAACGGGUACGACAGCUGCAGCCGGUACCAGCCGGUGGGCGGCAACGGCACGCUGGACUACUGCCCGGCGCAGCUCUUCAACACCAACGUGCAGCAGGACUGCGACGCCUUCGUCUACGCCAGGGACAACUCCUGCGUCUACGACUUCGACCUGGGCUGUCAGGAAUGGCUUCGUGUCCUCGCUGGUACGCUCAGCAGCGUGGGAACUCUACUGGUGCUACCGUUUACCGGCUACGUGUCCGACACGUUUGGUCGUCGUGUGGCGCUCGUCAUAAGCGUCACCAACUUGGCUCUGUUCGGCGUCAUCCGCGCCUUCUCCGUCAACUACCCCAUGUACCUGACGCUGCAGCUGCUGCAGACCACUCUCGGUGGAGGAACCUUCAGCUCUUCCUACAUUUUUGCCACUGAGUUCGUUGGACCCAAAUACCGUGUGCUGACCAGCGCCACCUGCACGUCCAUGUUCGCGGUGGGUCAGGUGAUUCUUGGAUCAGUAGCCUGGCUCAUCGAACCCUGGAGAUACAUGGUCCUGGCUCUACAUAUCCCUUGCUUCCUCAUCAUCACAUACUACUGGGUCUUGUCAGAGAGCGUGAGGUGGCUACUGUCCAAGAAAAAGUAUGACAAGGCAAGAAAAGUGUUGGAGAGAGUCGCGAAGCGAAAUGGAACACAGAUCAGUGAGAAGUCUAUGCAUGCGCUGAUGAACCCCCCGGAGCCAGUGAAGAUAGUAGACGACGCUGAUGAGCCGGGCCUGAUCAAGGCUAUCUUCCGAUCACGCGUGUUGCUGCGGCGCGUGUGCACCACGCCCAUCUGGUGGAUCACCACGACGUUCGUGUACUACGGGCUGUCCAUCAACGCCACCAGCCUGUCGGACACCAUGCACCUCAACUACAUCUUGACGUGCGCCAUCGAGAUCCCCGGCUUCUACACCGCCGUGCUCAUCCUCGACAGGAUCGGCAGGAAGGCCACGCUCUCCGGCGGGUACCUCUUCAGCGCCGCUUGUAACAUCGCCUUCGCAUUCAUUCCAAAUGACCUUUCGACGCUGCGCCUGGUGAUCUACCUGCUGGGCAAGUUCGGCAUCUCGGUGGUGUUCACGUCGCUGUACCUGUUCACGUCGGAGCUGUACCCCACGCAGUACCGCCACCAGCUGCUCGCCUUCUCCUCCAUGAUCGGCCGCAUCGGAUCCAUCACCGCACCGCUCACACCAGUGCUGAUGGACUACUGGGCUGGUAUACCUUCGGUGAUGUUCGGCGGUAUGGGCAUCCUGUCCGGGAUCCUGGUGCUGACGCAGCCGGAGACGCUGGGCACCAAGAUGCCCGACACCCUCGCGGAGGCAGAGGCACUCGGCAAGCCGGAGUCUAAAGUACAGAAAGACUAAAUUCCUUCGCAACUCCCACUCCAUUGUAAAUAAUAGAUUUAAGGACACCUCGGGGGUCAUUUAACGUUAAGCAUUAGUUUCGUGAAUGCUAGUGUUACGAAUUCUCUUAUUUUUUAUAAAAAAAAUACCGUCUGAGCUUACAUAAUAUUACAUAUGUUGUUGUGAUAGCGUUGCUCAAGUUUUUACUCGUUGCUUCUAUUUAUUAGCUUUUAAUGUUGUAAACGAUUUGACUUUUAUUUCAUUCAUUUUAAUUGUGUUGCCUUAACCGUCUGAACUGUUCUCUACAUAAUGUUAUUUCUAUUACAAGUAGACAUAAUUCAUUAUUUAUUAUUGUUAAGGUGGGGCUACUCCCGCCAUUGUCGUUUGUUUAUAAAAUAAGUAUUAUACAUUGUGUUACUUUUUA